AGUGCUUGCAGGCUGGUUAAUUCCCCCACCCAAUGCAUUAAAAAAAAUGACAAAACCUUCAAACAUCUGAGGUGCUGGAAUCGAUCCACCCACCACCUGCCCCAGAAACGGUCAAGGUUUAUCACUAACAGAAUCUUGAACAGGCCAGUUGGUGUUGAAAUUGGCCGCCUUUCCCUGUUCCCAUCUUGGAUAAUUAUAAACCAUACAAAUGUGCAAAAGUGCGGAGUCACCGUUCUCCAUGCCAGCCAUGGAAAAUUAAUCUUGCGUCUCUAUCCAUUCCUGCUAAUACACCAAAAUUUUCUAAUGGGGCUGUAGUCUGUCUCAUAGGUGGGGAACCUCUGGUUUGUGGGCUUGAUUUGGCCCACCAGGUCUCCCCAGUGGACUGUGCGACCAUUGUUGGCCAAGCCACAUCUACAUGCCCCACCCCUGACAUUAUAUAGGAUGCCCAGCGUGGGGCUGGUAAAGAUGCAGCUGGGCUAUAGGGCUGUUUGAGCAGCCAUCAGUUUGUUGGUGGCUAGAAUGAACUCCUGGAAAGGCACCAGUAAGAGGGGCUAAGCCAAGAACGACAUCUCUGGGAGCUGUGAGAAAGGGAGGGUAAAGCCAGAAGCCUAUGAACUUGCCAGAAGCCUAUGAACUACUAAGUAUAGCAGGACUGGCAGCUACAAAACCCAGGAGCUUCCAAAUUUAAUGCAGCAGCAGAAGUGCUAGAUCAAUAUUUUGCAAAAGCACCUUGCAGGUACCCAAAUUCAGGGUUUGCAUAGACCAGGCACGUCCAACAGGUAGAUCGUGAUCUACCGGUAGAUCACUGGAUGCCUGUGGUAGAUCAAUGGUAGAUCACUGGCUCCUCCCAAAGAAGCUCAACAACUUUGGCUCCCCUAAGAAAAGCUCAAUUUUUUUGCCCUGCACCCCCCCAAUGGCGCUCUCCAUCUCCCUAAAAAAAAAGCUUAAGAACAACAUUGAUCUGAAUGCCUUAAAAAAGGGCCUCCCUCCUCCCUCCAAAAGCUCAACAACUUUGACCUGAACCCCCCAAAAAGGGGUAGAUCACUGCCAGUUUUUAACUCUGUAAGUAGAUCGUAGUCUCUUGAGAGUUGGCCACCCCUGGCAUAGACCAUAGCUCAACUCUUUGCUAGCCACUCCAGUAUCCCUGCCCAGAAAACUCCAUGGACAAAGAAAACAGGCAUCCCAUCCCAUGGCAAUUUGAUUAUAAGUGAAAAUCACGCCUCUCCUCGGAUUUCCAGUCCACAAGUGUCAUCUGAGUGCAUCUGUGACCACACGUCUAAGGUAAAGGACCCCUGGAUGGUUAAGUCCAGUCAAAGGCAACUAUGUGGUUGCGGCGCUCAUGUUGCUUUCAGGCCGAGGGAGCCAGCAUUUGUCCACAGGCAGCUUUCCAAGUCAUGUGGCUAGCAUGACAAAACCGCUUCUGGCGCAACGGAAACCAGAGCGCAUGGAAACGCCGUUUACCUUCCCACCACAGCAGUACCUACCGUAUUUAUGUACUUGCACUGGUGUGCUUUCAAACUGCUAGGUUGGCAGAAGCUGGGGGACAGAGCAACAGGAGUUCACCCCAUCGCGGGGAUUCAAACCGCCGACCUUCUGAUGGGCAAGCCCAAGCGGCUCAGUGGUUUAGACCACAGUGCCACCCAUAUCCCUGCUGAUGUCGGACCUAAAAGGCAUCAAGGUCUUCCACGGUAUCGAGAAGUGGAGCCAAGGUCACAUCUGCACCAUACAUUUUAAUGCACACAGCUUGCCUCAAAGAAUCCUGAGAGUUGUAGUUCUUUAAGGGUGCUGGGAGGAAUUGUAACUCCGCAAGGGGUAAGCGGAGGUUCCCAGAAUUCUUUGUAGGAAGCCGUCAGUUCUAAAUAUGCUUUAAGUGUAUGUUGUGGAUGUGACCCAAUAUCAGCUUGGUUAGGUGAAGGCAAAAAAGAAAAAAAAGGCCUGGUAGAGUAAAUGGAAACGAUUCCUUUCGCUCCAAAGGGUCUUAGAGCCAACAUGGUGUGGUAGACUGGAGAGUGCUGGAUUUUGUUGGAUCACUCGAGCUCCAAAGCCAUCUAGAUUUGGGCAAAACCUGUCCAUCACUUCUUCCCAUAUGAUUGCCAGGCAAGUCCAGCCAAUCACCAUGGGUAUCCUUAGUAGAAGUAGCUGUAGAAAAAGGAAGGAUUGAUGUCCCAGGAAGUGCCUACUGUUCCACACUAACAUCAAUUUUCUUUUAUUUCCUGCUGGUCUGUAGGUUUUCCGCUACUCUUUCACAGCUCGCUACUUGAUCUAUAACCUGGGCACCAGGUAAGAACUGGACCCACACCAUAGGACAAAUUUAUUCAAAUAGAACGAGGUCUUUAUUUGCUGUAUUGUUGUUUGCAUCUAUUCCAGGGGUCCCCAAACUAAGGCCCGGGGGCCGGAUGCGGCCCAAUCACCUUCUAAAUCCGGCCCGCAGACAGUCUGGGAAUCAGCAUGUUUUUACAUGAGUAGAAUGUGUCCUUUUAUUUAAAAUGCAUCUCUGGGUUAUUUGUGGGGCAUAGGAAUUCGUUCAUUUUUUUUUUUUUUUUGAAUAUAGUCCGGCCCCCCACAAGGUCUGAGGGACAGUGGACUGGCCCCCUGCUGAAAAAGUUUGCUGACCCCUGAUCUAUUCCAUCACAUAUGCCCCUCUUCUAUAUCUUAAAGAGGUCCACAAACUUUGGGCCCUGGGUCACAAUUAUUAUCCUACUGCUGUGGAUUGGCAGAGCAGCUUUCAACAUAAACACACAUAUUCUUCAUUCUGACACACUUUACAUUUAAAAACAACGACACGGUUGUUUGUAAUACUUUGUGGUCUUAGUAAUUAUGUAAUUGGUUAUGCUUGUUAAAAGAACAUUUAAAUAAAGUGAUCUUUUUUAUUUUUAUUUUAAAAACACCCUUCCUGCUUUCCUGUUGGCUGAGAGCCAGUUUGCCAUUAUGAAAUCUCUCAAUAGGCAUUACGGUCUAUGCAUAGGGAUUAAUGUGAAAUCCAUUAGCAGAUUACAGUGCUCAGCGAUCACAUACUUAGGAUUUUUCACUCAAUGAACACACAGCUGAGUUCCCAGCAUGUACUGUGUGUGGAAAGCUAAACCCACAUGAGGGGUUUGUCACAUCUUGUAAUCCUACACUCGGGUUUCACAUUAAUUCUUACCCAGAAGUUCUCGCUGCACUGGAGUCUUGUAACUUGUGAAAUAUAUUCCUAAAUUUACACAGACACCUCCGGCCUUUCCUCAUUGGGUUAGUCCUCCAGAUCUCUAAUUAAAAAAGGCUGCGUCAUUGAUUGUUCAGCACCAAACAUUUCUGCUCCGGUUCAUUGUUCCCAACCCCAUGGUUUCAGCACUGGGAGACCAGCAACCUCGAUGUGCCCAAGGCAGACACUGCAUAUCUGCAAUAUGCAGCCUGGGGAGCCAAGGAUAACCAGCUGGUGUUCAUCCUGGAUAACGACAUUUAUUAUCAGCCUGGGGUCUCCAGCCGGGCCAAGCGCAUCACCACAUCUGGACGCCAAGCAGUUGUCUUCAAUGGGAUUGCUGACUGGCUAUAUGAAGGAGAUCCUGCAGACUGCCAGCGCUCACUGGUGUUCACCUGAUAGCAUGUGGCUAGCCUAUCUUUCCAUCAACAAUUCCCUGGUGCCAAAGAUGGAGCUGCCCCAGUUUCUUGGAGGAAAAUACCCUGCCAGCCAACACUAUCCCUAUCCUAAGGCCGGACAGCCCAUCCCUUCAGUACAACUCUUUGUGGUGAACCUAUCUGGAGUGCUUCACCUGCUGGAGCUCCUACCUCCGGAAUCCUUCCAGGGCAGGGAAUAUUACAUCACCAUGGUAAAAUGGGUGGGACACUCCCGGUUGGCUGUGCGAUGGUUAAAUAGGCCGCAGAACAUGUCUGUGCUGAGUCUGUGUGAAGCUGCCACAGGGGCCUGCACUGAGAGAUACAAAGUGACAUCAGAUUUCUGGGUGGACAUGAAGGUAAGAGGCUUGAGAUCAUUUUGCUCCUUUAUUAUUCCCUCUGCCAGGCUAGCUACAUUCCCACAUCUCAUCAGGAAAUUGCUAUCUGUCAAUCAACUGACAGACAGACAGACAGACAGAGAGACGGAGGGAGAGUUUUCUUCAAAAUGUCUAUGUCAAUCGUCAUCGCAAACAAUAAAUGAUCAUUCAUUUAGCAAAGGAUGUCAGCAAGGAAUGCCUAUUUUUUCUGAAGAUGCCGAGACCCUUUUUCUGCCGGUGCCUGUGAAACAAGGGCCUCGUGGAGAAUUCCACCAUGUCACCAUGCUUUCCACGCAGCCCAGUCGCAAGGAGAGCAGCGUACGCCUCCUGACCUCUGGGACUUGGGACGUCACCAGGAUCCUGGCCUAUGAUGAGAACAGCAAACGGCUAUAUUUCCUGAGUUCUGAAGACAGGCUCAGCUCUAAACAUUUGUAUAGCGUUGAACUCGACAGCUCCUUCAACCGCACCUGUGUGACCUGCGGCCUGCGCUCCAGCUGCUCCUUUGUAGAUGUCCGUUUCAGCCCCAGGAUGGGGAAUUUUAUAUUGUUCUGCAAAGGGCCUGGGGUCCCUCAAAUCUCUGUUCACCGCACAGCUAACCCCCGUGACUUCCUUCUCCUGGAAGAGAACCGCCCUUUGCAAGAUGCCCUUAUGCAUAAAGAGAUGCCGUUGGUGGAAUUCAGGUUGUAUCGACUUGCUAGCUACGACCUGUCUGUGCGUGUUACCCUGCCGCCGCCGCACCAGUGUGCCUUCUGUCCAUUGCUGCUGCUGCUUCCAGAAUCCCCAGGAGGCCAGCUGGCCACUGAGGAAUUCCACCUUGAUUGGGACACCGUCCUGUCUAGCUCUUUGGGUGCUGUGGUGGUCCAGUUUGAUGCCCGGGGAUCUAGGAACCAAGGACUCAAGCUGCUGCAUGAGGUCAGCCGCCAGCUGGGCUCCUUGGAUGUCAAGGACCAUGUAACUCUCAUGCGGUGGCUGCUGCAGCUUCCCUACGUGGAUCGCAGGCGCACAGCCGUCUACGGGAAGGCCUAUGGAGGCUUUUUAGCACUGAAGCUCAUGGCGACAGCGGAAGACCUCUUUAAAUGCGGAACUGGUGUGGCACCCAUUACUAGCUUCCGUUUCCACGCCGCCACCUUCUCCGAACGCUACCUGGGGAUGCCAGCCCAGGAGGAUGCCGCCUACACGAUGGCCUCUGUGUUGGAGGAAGCUCCCCGCCUCAAGGACAAAAAUGUCCUCCUUGCCCACGGAACUGGAGAUGCCACAGUGCACUUCCAGCAUACAGCUGAACUUCUUAUCCGGCUUCUGGCUGCGGAGUCUAACUACACUACCCAGAUCUACCCAGAUGAAGGCCACACAUUCAAGUCCACCCAGCACCACCUCAGCCAGAGCCUCUUCUCCUUCUUUCGGGGCUGCUUUGAGGACACAAAGCAUUCACAUCUGUUAUCUGAGGAAGAUGAGGACCCGUAGUGUUUUUUUUCCAGUGAGGAUCACCAGCCGCUGCUGAUUUCACUUGAUGUUUUCUUUGCUGUGCUGGCAACUCAUGGCAGCACUUUUGCACAUCCCACGGACCUGCACUUUGUGUGUGUGUGUUCUGCAUUGAGCACAUUGUUUGGUGCUGCUGAUCACGUCCUCCUAAGAACCCCUGCUUUCACUUUAAAAAAAUCCCAACAAGUUUCCACCCCUUGGGACUGUGAGGACAGUUUUUUUAAAAUGUAUGCGUGUGCAUGCGAAUCCCAGAGCCAGGAGAGGGACUUCUAGUGGUCAAGGGAUGGUGGCUAUUUAUUCCAUAUGCCUUACGUAUUCCUUUGCCCAUGCAAAAGAGUAGCAGAGAAGCAUAAUGAGCUAUGAAAUGUGAGCAAACCUAUUCGAAGUCACUCCUGUCGUGUGAGCUUUUAUUGCAACAGAGUAAAGUUUGGGCUCGUUUGCUGCAGAAUUCUCCCCCCCCCUCCCGCCCAGUCUUUUGUACAUACAGCCCUGCAAGGACCAGCAGUUUUGUUAAAGAUCCUUCACCGUUCUUUCCCCCAAAGUUUCCACGAAUGUGGAGAAGCAGUAGAAUAAUAGAAUCAAGGAAUUGUACGGCUGGAAGGCACCCUGAGAAUCACCUAGUCCAACCCUUGCAAUGCAGAAAUAUGCAGCCACCCCAUUAUCAGCACCCUGCUCUAACCAUCCGAGCUAUAUUGUGUAGUUGUUGCAAAAAGACAACCGUAAGCCAGGAAUGUUCUCAAUUGAAACCCUGCUUCCCCAUGAACUUUUGCAUGGUUUUUGCAAAGUUUUUCCUGACACUUUGGCUGUGUGCACAACCAUACUUUCAAAUUAAAAUCAAUUAAAGCACAUGGUUUCCUGAAAAAAUAAUAAUCAUGGGGACUGUAGUUUCCCCCUCGCACACAGCUAUAAUUCCCACCACCCUCAGCAAAUUGGGAUUUUUUUUGUAUUUUAAAUGUAUGGUGCACACACCAUCUUUACCCUACGGCAGGCUGCUGUUCAAAGGAAAGGCACAAAGGUUGCGGGUCCAGG